AUGUCAGUAUUUGAAGCAGCUCUUCAGAUCAAAUUUUGGAGUCCGAUUAUUUUAUUUUCAAUUGGAGCUCCAGGAGCGUUUCUCAAUGCAAUAAUAUUCAUGGGCAUAAAAACAUUUCGUCAAUCUCCAUUGGUAUUUUAUAUUGUAGGACAAUCAUUAGCCGAUGUGAAUGUUUUGUUGAUCGUACUUCUUCAAAUUAUUCCAUACACAUCAAUAUCGGUUUCAUCUAUUGCUUGUAAGUUAAUGGUAUUUUUUAUGCAAAUGAUGACAACUGUUGCAAUGAGUUUUCUUUGUUUGUCUGCAUUUGAUCGUUGGGCAUCUACAUCUCAAUUGGCUCGCAUACGUCAAUUAAGUUCGAUUCGUGUAGCUUGCUGUCUCUUUCCAAUUCCAUUUAUUCUUUGGUCAUUUGUGAAUAUUCCUUUUCUUAUUUAUUGUGAUAUUGUACCACCAAUAUACAUUUGUUGGUUCACAAACGAUCUCUUUAUGCGAAUAGGAGUUCUUUUUUUAUCUCCAAUUCUUAUUGUUUUUCUUCCUCUACUUAUUCUAAUAUUGUUUGGAUUAUUGACAUAUCGUAAUAUUCGUCUUGUAACUCAUAUUCGUCAACAACCAAAUCAAAUUCGAAUGUCAACAUGGGAACACCAAAUGACAAGAAUGAUGUUAAUUCAAACUCUUCUAACUCCAAUGAACAUAUUACUCACAGCACCAACACUUACUGAUCGAUAG